AUGAAUAUUAUCCUACUGAUAUUCACUACGUCUAUCCUCGUUUCUGCUCAAAAUAACACUAUUGAACGAACAGAAACAGUCGAUACUCUGGACAUCGCUCGAGUAUGGGCAGGACAUCCCGUUGGCUUCAGUUUACUAACCCAUCCACCCUAUCAAUUCGUGGCCUAUUAUGAUGACAAACGGCAAUUAACUGUUGCGCAACGUUUAUUAACUGUUCGAACAUGGACACAUCAUAUUUUGCCAGUGGUUACCGGUUGGGAUAGUCAUAAUUAUAUCGCAUUAGCUAUUGAUGACGAUGGAUAUUUACAUCUGAGUGGAGAUAUGCAUGUAACACCAUUGAAAUAUUAUCGAACAAUACAGCCAUUCAAUGUAGCAACAUUUCAUCGAUUCGAUCGAAUGACUGGCACAAACGAAAGUCGUGCAACGUAUCCAAGAUUUUUACGUGGAGCACAAAAUCAACUGAUUUUUACCUAUCGUGAUGGUAGCAGUGGAGCUGGAAAUGAAAUUUAUAAUAUUUAUGAUUUAAAAAUGAAAUUGUGGAAACGUUUACUCGAUCAACCGUUAACUGAUGGUGAAGGACAACGUAACGCCUAUUUUGAUGGUCCUGUUGAAGGGCCUGAUGGAUAUUUUCAUCUCGCAUGGGUGUGGCGUGAAACGCCCGAUGCAGCAACAAAUCACGACUUAAGCUAUGCACGUAGCAAAGAUUUGAUCAAUUGGAGCACCGGUGCUGCCAAUAAAUCCCUCAAAUUACCAAUUAAAUUAAAAGAUUGUGAUAUUGUUGAUCCCGUGCCUGAGAAAGGCGGUAUCAUCAAUGGAAAUGUGAAACUUGGUUUUGAUACACAAGGACGAGUAUUAAUUAGUUAUCAUAAGCACAGCGCACAAAACUAUACUCAACCAUGGACAGCACGUUUAGAAAAUGGUCAAUGGAAAAAAUAUCAAAUCACGGAUUGGCCAUGGCAUUGGAAUUUCGGUGGUUAUGGUACACUUCAAUUUAGUAUUCAUCUCGGUGGAGUAACAAAGCAAACUGAUGCACGUUUAAUUCAAGGUUAUAGUCACGCAAAAUUUGGUUCAGGUACGUGGUUAAUCGAUCCACAAAGUCUGCAAGCUAUUGGUAAAGUUCAACGGCAAACUUUAUCACCUGAAAUGAGUCGAAUCGAAGGUACAUUUCCUGGAUUGGGAGUAAAAACAAGUGCAGAUCUGGGUACAAGUGAUAAAACUGAUAUUCGUUAUGUAAUACGUUGGGAAACGUUGGCAAGUAAUUUCGACAAACCUCGACCUGAACCAUUGCCAUUACCCUCAACUUUACGUUUAUAUGCAUUGAAAACGAUCAUUGAAAAUGCACCGAGUGGUCGUUAG